UCUCAUCAACCACUUCACGCGCUCGUUAAAGCACGCAUAUUACUUUAACGGCAUCGACAUGGCUCCGGUAGUGCCUCUGCCCGAUCGUCGCGAUCUCGCGAAGCUCGCUAGACGGGCUCUUGUCACAGCCGGCCCCGCACUAGCGCAGCCGCAUCUGCAUCACCUUUCGCGUCGUGGGUUGUCAGUAAAUCACACCCAGGGCGUGACGCUGGGGGUUAUUGCGGCGUAUGUUGUUAUUAUUGCGUUGCUUUGGAAUCUACCGUAUGUGCGAUGGGUGUUGUGGCCGUUUAAGAUGCUGGUCAUCGCGUUUCAUGAAUUUGGACAUGCUAUCACGGCGUGUUGUACUGGUGGGCGAGUGGAGUCUAUUUCCUUGGAUCCACAUGAGGGCGGCGUGACACAUAUGCGAGGUGGCAUCCAGGCUAUUACUCUUCCUGCCGGCUACCUCGGAUCUUCUCUCGUCGGAGCACUACUCACGUUCUGUGGAUUCAAUAUUGUCGCUAGCAAGAUCGCGAGUAUUACCCUAGGAGUCUGCUUUUUGUUGACCCUAUGGUGGGCGCGAAAGGAUUGGCUCACCAUCGUCACCAUUCUUCUCGCCGUCGGUUUGCUUGUCGCAUGUUGGUUCAUCAAGCACGCCGAACCGCUUCGAUUCGUCGUCCUCUUCAUCGGUGUUAUGUCCUCCCUCUACAGCGUUUGGGAUAUCUGUGACGAUCUCAUCUUGCGAAAAGUCAACUCGUCAGAUGCAAGCGUCUUCGCCAAGCGCUACGGAGGCUCUUCUCAGUGUUGGGGUAUUAUUUGGUCGUUGAUCUCGCUAUUCUUGAUGAUUUGUGGGAUUUUGGCGGGCUUGGCGGCGUUUAAGCAGAGUUUUCAGCAGCAGGAGGAUGAUUCAAAGCAUAUUAUCCCUACGGUUAAGAUGCUUUUGAAGGUUUAAGAUUGAAUUGGUGGGAUCCAUUUGGUUGGGCUGGACUUGGGGCAAUGGCUAAUGGUAUACCCUUUUCCUUAAUAUUACUCCGAGAAUGAAGUGCUCAUUCCGUCCCUUCAACGAAUAUACUACUAAUCCAACCGACCUAGGUCUGAAUUGAAGACCUGUU